CUCGCUUCGCCGCUAGUCCACCACCACCUAACACCAACUCCUCUCCAACCUCCUCGUCCCGUCCCCGUCGAUUCGAUUCGGUCGAAGCGGGCGGGCGGAGGAGGAGGAGGAGGCUAGGGAUUCCGGAUGGGCGCGGCGCCGAGGAGGCUCUAGAGGCGCCAGCCGAGUUGGUGGUCCGGGGGGAGAGGGAGCGGCGGGAGGGCGGGCGGCGAUGGAGGAGAAGGCGUCGUCGCCGCUGAUCCCGCCGCCGUCGGAGAUCGACCUGGAGGCGGGCGGCGGCGGAGAGCAGCUCCAGUGCCGGAUCUGCCUCGAGACCGACGGGAGGGACUUCAUCGCUCCCUGCAAGUGCAAGGGGACGUCCAAGUACGUGCACCGCGACUGCCUCGACCACUGGAGGGCGGUAAAGGAGGGAUUUGCAUUUUCUCAUUGUACUACCUGCAAGGCUCCAUAUUACUUGAGGGUUCAUUCGCACACUGACAGGAAAUGGCGAACACUGAAGUUUCGUUUCUUUGUUACUAGAGAUAUAUUAUUCAUCUUUGCUCUAGUCCAGAUUAUCAUCUCUGCAUUGGCAUAUUUGGUACAUUUUAUUGAUGGGUGCCAACAAUAUUGGUUGAGGACAGCCUGGGCUUUUGAUAAUGAAGUUAGUUUUUAUUAUAUCUGUGGUGCAUUAAUGUUUUUUGCUUUGUUGGGACUAUCGGGAUGCUUCAUAACCUGUUAUGACCGAAGAGUACGGAACGACCUGGCUCAGCCUUGUCGAGAAUUAUGUCUUUGUUGCUGUCAGCCAGGGAUGUGUGCGGAUUGCCACCUACCUGGCACGCUGUGCAUGUGGACUGACUGCACUACCUGCUUCGAAGGCUGUGCUACCACAGCCGGCGAGUGCGGUGGUUGCUUGGGAGGGGCUGGGGAAGCCGGGCUACCGCUUCUCCUCAUCAUGGGGGUCAUUGUGCUGGGGCUUUUCACGGUCAUCGGCAUAUUCUACAGUGUCCUGGUCGCGACCAUGGUUGGCCAGCGGAUCUGGCAGCGCCACUACCACAUUCUUGCCAAACGGUUGCUAACCAAGGAGUAUGUUGUAGAGGACGUCGAUGGCGAGCGCACAGACUGGUGUCCGCCGCCACUGCCCGCGGAGCACAUCAGCCAGCUGAAGUCUCUGGGGCUUCUGUAAUAUGGAGGCUGGUGACCCUAAGCUAAGACCGGCGUGGCGUUACCCAGCUCCAGCUGUACAGGAGGGAGGCUAUACUGUCAGGCAUUCUGCGUUGAAAUGUGUCAAUAUUGAUACUUUUUCUCUUUUUUUUUCCCUUCUUUUUUGUACAUUGUAAUGGCAAAGCUUUCUCCCUGACAAAACCCAAAACUUAUAUCAAGUGAAACCGCCUACAUUUUUACUGGAC